UGUGACAGCAUCAGGCGGGCCAGAUUGAAUUAACCAACGGGCCGGAUUUGGCUCGCGGGUCGUACUUUGCCCAUGUCUGAUGUAGCCUAUAAAAAGUUUUAUUGAAUUUAUAGAUAGGCCUGUAGGCUAGAUGACUCACAUUUUGGCAAAAGUAGAAGAUUGACAUAUUUUUGUGAUCAUGUCCUUGCCGUUCCGAUGCCUUUUACAAACUGGAAUAAGUGGGAGAAGAUACACUGCAAAUUCAAAUGUUGUUUCACACCGAUGUCUACUUGUUUAUUCUGGAACACAUUAUACUAAAGUUCCACAUAGUAGAUUAUGGACCCUCCACCGGCGGUCGAGAAUAUUGCCAAAGCCUAAUACAAGACAUCAAGUACCUGGAUCAUCGUCAGUUGUUGGCAGAAUCGAUGGUGUAGAAUCGACUCCAGUUGGAGCCAAAAAGAUUUUAAAAUUCAUGAUGUCCUAUGUCUGGCCGAAGGAUAAACCACAAGUCAGGAAAAGAGUGGUUUUAUCCUUAUCGUUGUUAGCUGGUGCAAAAAUAAUGAAUGUCCAAGUUCCAUUUCUUUUUAAAUAUGCUGUUGAUAACAUUUCAGCAAUGGCUACAAAUUCACCUGAGCUAGCUGUUUUCACCACAGUCUACUUUUUGAUACUUGGUUACGGUGCUGCACGCAUUAGUGCUUCUUUGUUUAAUGAGCUACGUGAUGCUGUGUUUGCUAAAGUGGCACAGAGUUCAAUUCGAGAAAUUGCACGAACUUUAUUCAGUCAUCUUCAUGCUCUUGAUAUGAGAUUUCAUAUGGGACGACAAACUGGUGCACUGUCAAAAGCUAUUGAUAGAGGAACAAGAGGUAUAAAUUUUGUCUUCCGAGCCCUCGUGUUCAAUAUUGUGCCAACUUUGUUUGAAGUAUCUCUGGUCAGCUUCAUUUUAUGGUAUAAGUGUGGCAGUCAGUUUGCUUUGGUAACGGUGAGCACUCUAGCGGCUUAUAUUGCAUGGACUUUAUCUAUUACGGCAUGGAGAACAAAAUUUCGACAAAAGAUGAACCAGGCUGACAACCAAAUGGGAAACAUUGCAAUAGACUCUUUAAUUAACUAUGAAACAGUCAAAUAUUUUAAUAAUGAACAGUUUGAAACACAACGUUAUGAUGCAGUUUUGAAGAAAUAUGAAGACGCUAACUUGCGCACAAAUACCUCACUUGCAUUACUCAACUUUGGACAACAGUUUAUAUUUGGAUGUGGAUUGACCGCUAUCAUGCUGUUGGCAGGACAAGGGAUAAAAAAUGGACAAAUGUCUGUUGGAGAUCUUGUGAUGGUAAAUGGAUUAUUAUUCCAAUUAUCUGGUCCUUUAAAUUUCCUUGGCUCCGUUUACAGGGACAUCAGGCAAUCUCUUAUAGAUAUGGGCACUAUGUUUACUUUGACUGAGAUAAAGAAGGAGAUAGUUGAUAUCCCUGAUGCUAUGCCACUCAGGACUCAUCACGGAGAAACUUCCAUACGGUUUGAAGAUGUUACGUUUGGUUACACGAAAGAUAAAAAGAUCCUUGAUGGUCUGAGUUUGGAAGUUCCAGCUGGGAAGAAAGUUGCAAUUGUUGGAGGGAGUGGCAGUGGGAAAACCACAAUUGCAAGAUUGCUCUACCGUUUUUAUGACCCAUGGCAUGGCAAUAUUUUCAUCAAUGACCAAAACAUUCGAAUAGUUACUGUGGACAGCCUUCGUCGGUUGAUUGGAAUUGUCCCGCAAGAAACUGUAUUGUUUCAUGAUACAAUUUAUCACAAUAUUGCUUAUGGUGAUUUAUCAGCAGAAAAAGACCAAGUACUUGAUGCAGCACGAAUGGCAGAUAUUCAUGAUUCUAUUCUUGCAAUGCCAAAGCAAUAUGAAACCCCGGUUGGAGAACGAGGAUUAAAGUUAUCUGGUGGGGAAAAGCAAAGAGUUGCGAUUGCUCGAGCAGUGCUGAAACAACCUUGCAUUAUUUUGUAUGACGAAGCAACGUCUUCCCUAGAUUCCAUAACUGAGCAAAACAUACUUAAAGCAUUAAGGCGAGUCACAAUCAACAGGACUUCUAUUUUUAUCGCACAUCGACUUUCAACAGUGAUGGAUUGUGACGAGAUAAUUGUUCUAGAAAAUGGGAAAGUAGCACAACGUGGUACACAUGAACAACUUAUUGCUAGUUCUGACUCUCUUUAUUCAAAACUUUGGGAAAGUCAAAAUAAAAGAACAGAUUAUGCUGAAAAUGAUGAAAUUGAAAAAGAAGUGUUUGAAACAACAAAGUAGUGAAUCGUGUUUCUAUGUUCAAUCAUAUUUAGAGCUCAAUCGAUAUAUCGGCCAGCCUAUUUAUCAAGCCGAUAUUGCGUGUUUGCCGAUAUAUCAUAUCGGCCGCAAACCGCCGAUAUAUAUCGACCAUACUCGGCAAGCGCCUGGCUGCGUGCUGCAACACCGCACGUCCCUUCGUAUAUUUCUCUCGCUUUCAUUUUGCCGUCUCUCUUAAUUCCCGGUGUUAUAUGAUUAGCCAUUUCAUGCAUGGUCAUAACUGAAAAGUUAUUAUCUAGAGUAACAAUGACGUUUUAUAACGUGACUUUUUUAAGAGAGUACACAAUGCGAAAAAGGCAAAUUUAGUAACAGCAUUAAACGAUGGUUCUAUAAAUAAAAUCGAUUGGAAGCUGGUGAGUUAGUAAUCAUAGAAACAUAGUACAGGUAGCUCAAAGCAAUAAUGUCAGUUCCGAAUUUUUGACCUCCCCAAAUUCAAUUUUGAAUUUCUGGGGUAAUAGUUUUGUCUAUAUCGAUGGUUGUUUAUCAUUUUGCUGAAAAUUACAAAAUAAAAACUUAAUCCAUUAUUAUUGACUAAAUAAGGUAUUGAGAAUCUCUGGAAACAAAGCUAUUAAAAAUUUCACAUGUAACUGCACAUAUGCUAUCACAAUAUCGAAGGAUCAUUAUCACGAUUCACUUUAAAAUAUAUCAAUUUAUAAUUUUUUAAUACCCUCGACAUUUGUCCAUAGUUAUAUUUAAAAACGUCUAAUUAACAAUUCUUUUUCCUGGAAAUAGCUAGACUGAUAUUGAAGUAGCAGGGAAAGUUACAGAAUAACAUUUGUUCGAGCAUUAACUAAAGUUAGUUAAAUAAGUCUUACUGCCAUGAUAACAAAUAUCAAAAUGAAACUACAGACUCACAAGGUGCAUCAUAAAAGCGUGGCUCAAAAUAUGAUUUAUAUUAAUAUCGGCAUUACGAUAUCGUUUAUUGGCCACCAGUUGGCCGUUAUAUCGGUAUCGGCGUCAAAAAGUGAUAUCGGUCGAGCUCUAAAUUCAUAUUGUUUCUGACUUCUAUUUAUAUGCAUAGACAUUCAGUUUAAUUGAUUAUUUUUAUUUAUUUGGACAAGUUUAUAGGGGCGAAUAUUCCAAGGUGGAAUAGGUUCUUUACUAGAAAAUGUGAUUUGAAUUUGGGAGACUGCAUUCGUAAUGGUGUUCAAAAUUUGCUAGUGUGAGGAAUCAAAUUACAGUUUUCUUGAAAUGUAAUGAUGGUAUAGUUAAUUAGGUUUCAAUAUAAGUGACUUAAUAUGUUCCGAUAAGUCCUUCUGAUCUAGGUAUAUUUAUGUGUAGUUUUCAUUAUGUUUCAGUCAAAUAUUAUUUUGCAUAUAACUAGAAAAUAAUUGUUUAAUUCUACUAUUUUUUCUCAAAAUAGA